AUGACGGCCUCCAAACUUCUAGUCGUGAUCGGCAUCACUGGCAACCAAGGAUCUUCUGUUGCGAGUGCCUUUCUCAAGCUUCCAGACUGGCGCAUUCGUGGCAUCAGCCGCGACAUAUCUUCAGCGGCUGCCCAACAAUGGAUUUCAAAAGGCGUCGAACUUGUGAAAGCAGACCUUGAUGACAUCGACUCCCUCGAGAAUGCCUUUCGCGGCGCCUCUACAAUUUUCGCAGUCACCGACUUCUACAGCCUUAUGCUCGAUCCUGCCAAUCUUGCCGCCGCACAACAAGCCGGAGUUACCCCCAAUGAAUAUGCCUGCAAUCUCGAGACCAAGCGGGGCAUGAACAUAGCCACCGCUGCGAAUUCUCCUUCCGUUUCGGCCACACUCACGCAUUUCGUCUUCAGCAGCCUGAGCGAUACCAAGCACUGGUCGCACGGCAAGUACACUUGGAACUACCACUUUGAUGGCAAAGCGGCAGUCGUGAAAAGAAUCAAGAAGGAGCUGCCUGGUUUGGCUGAGAAGUUGAGCAUUAUCCAGAAGCAAAAAGACGGAGCAUUCGUUGUGCAAAUCCCAGAUAUAGGGGAGGUUCAGCUUCCAUGGAUUUAUGUUGAUCGCGACGUUGGUAUCUUCGUGGAGGCGCUGCUGGCAACUUCUCCAGGAAAGCAGAUUCUAGGAGUCUCUCAAUUGGCCUCUUGGCGUGAAUUUUGGACACUUUGGGCGGAGACCCGGGGCGUCAAGCUCGAGAUUCAAGUGGUCGGUGUGGAAGAGUUUUUCCAAUCCUUGCCGGUGAUUUUAAGGAGAGAAUUCCAAGAAUCCUUGAGAUACAUCGUGGAAUUCGGAUACACGGGCGGCGAUUCAGAUGUGUGUUGCAAUUUACAGGAUGUGUUGCCUGGGGCCAAGACGGCCACGUUGAAGGAGUACAUGGAAAGUGAAGAUUGGUCCAUACUUGACUGA